AUGCCGUACAAUGGUUCCAGACACCAACCCCCCACAUCCUGUGCCAGCACUCUGCCUCCAGUGACUGAGGCCCAUUCAGCCUUAUCCGCCGUGCACACCGGCCUUAUCCCCUGCACCAGUCCAGGCCUUAUCCCCUGCCACAGUCCAGGCCUUAUCCCCUGCCCCAGUCCAGGCCUAUCCCCUGCCCCCAGUCCAGGCCUUAUCCCUGCCCAGUCCAGGCCUUAUCCGCCCAGUCCAGCCUUAUCCCUGCCCACAGUCCAGCCUUAUCCCUGCCACAGUCCAGGCCUAUCCCUGCACCCAGUCCAGGCCUUAUCCCCUGCCCCAGUCCAGGCCUUAUCCCCUGCCCCAGUACAGGCCUUAUCCCCUGCACAGUCCAGGCCUUAUCCCCUGCCACAGUCCGCUUAUCCCCUGCACCAGUCCAGGCCUUAUCCCUGCCCCAGUACAGGCCUUAUCCCCUGCCACAGUCCAGGCCUUAUCCCCUGCCCCAGUCCAGGCCUUAUCCCCAGUAGCUUAUCCCCCAGUCCAGGCCUUAUGUCCCCUGCCACAGUCCAGGCCUUAUCCCCUGCCACAGUCCAGGCCUUAUCCCUGCCCCAGUCCAGCCUUAUUCCCCUGCCACAGUCCAGGCCUUAUCCCUCCACGUCCAGCCUUAUCCCCUGCCCCAGUCCAGGCCUUAUCCCCUGCCCCAGUCCACCGCCGCUUAUCCCCUGCCACAGUCCAGGGCCUUUAUCCCCUGCCCCAGUACAGGCCUUACCCCUGCCCCAGUACAGCCUUCAUCCCCUGCCCCAGUACAGGCCUUAUCCCCUGCCCCAGUCAGGCCUUAUCCCUGCCCCAGUCAGGCCUUAUCCCCUGCCCCAGUCCAGGCCUUAUCCCCUGCCACAGUCCAGGCCUUAUCCCCUGCCCCAGUCAGGCCUAUCCCCCUGCCCAGUCCAGGCCUAUCCCCUUGCCCCAGUCCAGGCCUUAUCCCCUGCCCCAGUCCAGGCCGUUAUCCCCUCCCAGUUCCAGGCCUUAAUCCCCUGCCCCAGUACAGGCCUUAUCCCCUGCCACAGUCCAGGCCUUAUCCCCUGCCCCAGUCCAGGCCUUUAUCCCUGCCCAGUACCAGCGCCUUAUCCCCUGCCCCAGUCCAGCCUUAUCCCCUGGCCCCAGUCCAGGCCUUAUCCCAUGCCCAGUACAGGCCUUAUCCCCUGCCCACAAGUCCAGGCCUUAUCCCCUGCCCCAGUCCAGGCCUUAUCCCCUGCCCCAGUACAGGCCUUAUCCCCUGCCCAGUCCAGGCGCCUUAUCCCCUGCCCAGUCCAGCCUUAUCCCCUGCCCCAGUCCAGGCCUUAUCCCCUGCCCGUACAGGCCUUAUCCCUGCCCCAGUCCAGGCCUUAUCCCGCUGCCCCCAGUACCAGCGCCUUAUCCCCUGCCCCAGUCAGGGCCUUAUCCCUGCCCCAGUCCAGGCCUUACCCCUGCCCAGUCAGCCUUAUCCCCUCCCCCAGUCCAGGCCUUAUCCCUGCCCAGUACAGGCCUUAUCCCUGCCCCAGUCAGGCCUUAUCCCCUGCCCCAGUCCAGCCUUAUCCCCUGCCCAGUCCAUGCCUUAUCCUGCCACGUACAGCGCCUUAUCCCCUGCCACAGUACAGCCUUAUCCCCUGCCCCAGUCCAGGCCUUAUCCCCUGCCCCAGUCCAGGCCUUAUCCCCUGCCCCAGUCCAGGCCUUAUCCCCCUGCCCAGUCAGGCCUUAUCCCCUGCCCCAGUCCAGGGCCUUUCCCCAGUCCAGGCCCUUAUCCCCUGCCCCAGUCCAGGCCUUAUCCCCUGCCACAGUCACAGGCCUUAUCCCUGCCCCAGUACAGGCCUUAUCCCUGCCCCAGUACAGGCCUUAUCCCUGCCACAGUCCACUCUCCUUCUCCGUGGGCGACGAAGACAUAUUUAA